UUUGGUUUGCUAAGUAGAAUGUAGUAUGCCAUGAGCUGCUCGGUUAAUAUAUGGUUACUAUUGCGAUUUUCAUACAAAGUACUCUGUACUCCGUAGUAAAAUGCUCCUCCUCGAGCGGUCCAGAACUACUAUUUCCGUAGAUGGUUAGCCGAUUACCUGGUCUAGACUAGCCCCGCAGAUGACUUCUUAGCAGAGCUCAAUUUGUUGUCUUUAAUUUGUUGCCGUAGGUACAAACAUCAGUUCUCUCCAGGUAUUUAUAUGCAUGAGUGGAUCAAGUAUGCCUUUUUGGGAUCUCUUAGUAUUUGUAUGAAACGUAUAGCACUGCACAUCUUCCCUUGACAUCUCAACGACUUCAAUCGGGUCUCAUGAAUGGCGUCGCCCGCUCCGAAUCAGCGGGUAGCUCCCCAUUUAUCUCCUGGCCAUGUUCAUAAUUCUGUGACAGCUUUGCAAGGUGCUACCACUGCCUUUCGUACAAGCGCUUCUAGAAGCAAUUCGCCUGCAGUCGCCCACAGAACCGGAGAAGCCGCUGAUAUCAACAGCUAUGAUCUCGGCCCGGAUCCCCGUCCCGAUAUUGAAGCCGAAGUGCCACCCGAAGUUGGUUCCGUAAAGGACAAGAUCGGAAGGUAUACUGCCCAUUCUCAGAAUGCUCUCGAGAGCGUUCGAAAGAGCCCAGCAACUUUUAGACCGGAAUCCCCUCAGCAGAUCGCCGCCCGGUUUGCUGCGGAACAUCUCCCUCUGCAUAGGAAAAAUACAGCACCAACCACAGAUAGUGGUGUGAUACGAGGCACAAAUGGACACCAGCCAAAGAACGAUAAUAACGUACGAGAUGUGAAAGCGUUCAGGCCAAGCUCAGCCGAGAGCGUCGCAACGAAUAAUAAUCCGAUCGGGCGACACUCACGGGAUGAGGAAGCUGGGCCGACUCGAGAUUUAUCUAUCCGUCGAAAGCCGAUCAUACAACCACCUAAUACACCUCUAGACUCUACGCGACAUGCAGUGGCAAAGUCACGUCCAAUACCCCCAGCACCUCGAAAAUCACGACUAGUCACAGGCGGCCCAGGGUCAGCGGAACCUGCCACCAGAAGCGGGCAGCCCAGUGAAUUGAAGGCCUCCCUCGAGUCACUAAGUCCUUGCUCCUUCGGCCCCUCCAAGGAUAUAUCUACCUCAUCAAAUGAGAAAGCUCCUGCAUUGCCUCCACGGCCUGGCGGAUCACCCACGCCUAACGGUGGUUUAAGUAAUCAUCGAGCCCUUCUGGCGAAGAAUGAUGUCCCAAGCCGAUCAUUAAGCCCGACUGCUUCGUCGAUUUACGAUCGACGACGUAAUAGCAGUACUCCGAGUGUGCUUGAUGAUUCUACUAGUUUGAGUGAAGGCGCCCUUUCAGAUGCAAUUGUCGCAUCAUCAUUGGCAUCCUCCCGAGCACCACCUACAAGAAAGGAUCCACCACCUCCCCCUCCGCACCGACAACCAAGGUCGCGCUCAAUAUUACGUCUUCACAACAAUGGGAGAGAGUUUUCCCAAUCUCGGAGCCCAUCCAGCCCUUUGCGACAUACACUCCGAAACCCUGCUAAGCCCGACGAUGAAGAUGAUAGUCACCACCGACAUAGAACACAUAUCAUACGGAAACAUCCACAUAAACAUCACGAAGGCGAUCGGAAGAGAUGGCGGAGCGAGCUUACGGAAAAGGAGAGAAAACGCUACGAGGGCGUAUGGGCGGCCAAUAAGGGGCUCCUCGUUCCUACCAAAGAAGAAGUGGACAGGCAAUGUUCCGAACAUGAUCCACUGCGAGACAUAUGGCCUUCAAAUGCCUCGGAGAUGGUAGUGAACAGCGUGGUUCGAGACAUCUGGUCUCGGAGUCGCCUCCAAUCCUUCGUGCUGGAGCAGAUCUGGGAUCUAGUUGAUACACAAAAGAUUGGGCUCCUAACAAGAGAGGAAUUCGUUGUUGGGAUGUGGUUGAUUGAUCAGCAAUUGAAGGGACACAAACUGCCUGUGAAAGUUCCGGACAGUGUCUGGGGCAGCGUGAAGCGUGUGCCUGGGAUUAGUUUACGCGAUAUUGACUUCCAUUCCUGACGUGGCGGUGGGCUCCAUUCCAUAUCAUUCGUAAAGGAUGAUCCAGAUAUGGAGGACAGUAAUUCUAUUUCGAGAGCAAUACUACCUCAGUAGUUAGAGUAAGAACCUAGUUCGCACUAGUCGGAUCGGACAUUACUAGUUGCCUGUACGGUAGUGUCAACAUGACCCGCCUUGGAUUGAUUUGAUAGGUAUCUUCAGCUGACCAGAAUGUGCGUAUCACGGUGAAUACUCGGAGAUAAUCGGGCUCCAGUGUAUCCUUGCGUACGGACGGGAGUCGACAAAGGUUGCCGACCGGAUAUCUCCAUUCUGGACCGGAAUGCAUCCGGGAAUGGCGUGUCGUGUACCUCCUACUAGUAGUACCUACCUUAAGUUGGCGCGGGCCUUCAUUCAAUUAGAGUUCACCUAAGGCGUGUCGAUCGAUUAGUCCUCCUUUGCCCCGAGAUCUCCAAGGCACAAGCUAACCAUUCUGGCGCCUUGUUAUCAAAUCGAUCUAUCGAUCUCCCUGGGUCACUUGGCUUUUCGUUCGCUCACCCCUUUUAUCUCACCUAUUCGUUCUUGUACAGGGCAGGGAGGAAAGAUGUGAAUUGAUCAUUCGCAGACAUGAUAAAUGAGGGGAUAAUCGUGAUUAACUUGGGUUGUGUGUGUGUGUGUGUGUGUGUGUGUGUGUGUGU